UAAAUGUUAAACGAAAGGCACACGCCCCCUUGUUUGUGGUUCUGGGACACGCUCUAAAUCAUUUUCCACUCAACAGCGAAGCCAUGAAGCAGGUCGCGACUAGAAACACGCUUCAGCAUGCCAUUGGACCAUUCAUGGUUGUGGCACAAUUCUUUGGUGUGCUGCCAGUGUCGGGGAUCUGGCCAAGUUCGCCUGCGGAGAAGGUAAGCUUUCGCUGGUUCUCCCUGUCGUUUCUUGCGGCCGUUGGAAUAUUCGUCUUCUCCAUUAUGGACUGCGUUCUUUCCUCCAAAGUGGUGCUCGAUCAUGGCCUAAAGAUCUAUACUAUUGGUUCUCUCAGCUUCAGCGUGAUUUGCAUCUUUUGCUUUGGAGUCUUCCUCCAGGUCUCCCGUCGCUGGCCGCAUCUCAUUCAACGGACAGCGGAGUGCGAGCAGAUCUUCAUGCAGCCCGGCUACGAAUGCUGCUUUGGCCGUCGCUUCAGUCGUCGCCUGCGGCUCUGGGGAGUGAUUCUCUUCGUGGCCGCUCUCUGCGAACAUUGCACCUACGUGGCCAGCGCCUUGUACAACAAUCAUCUGCAGAUUGUCGAGUGCAAGCUGAAUGUAAACUUUUGGUUGAACUACUUUCAGCGCGAGCGCCAGCAGCUCUUUCUAGUGCUCCAAUUCUCCUCCUGGUGGAUACCCUUCAUCGAGUGGACCACCGUCUCGAUGACUUUUGUGUGGAACUUUGUAGACAUAUUUCUAAUUCUGAACUUUCGGGGAUUGCAGAUGCGCUUCCAGCAGAUGCACUGGCGCAUCCGCCAGAAUGCCUUCCAGCGGAUGCCAAACGAAUUCUGGCAGACAGUGCGGUGCGAUUUUCUGGAUCUGAACGAUCUGCUCAGCAUCUAUGACAAAGAACUAUCUGGACUUAUAGUCCUCUCCUGUGCCCACAACAUGUACUUUGUGUGUGUGCAGAUAUAUCACAGUUUUCAAUCCAAGGGAAACUAUGCCGAUGAGCUUUACUUCUGGUUCUGCCUGUUUUAUGUCAUUCUGCGGGUCUUGAAUAUGAUGUUUGCUGCCUCUUCCAUACCCCAGGAGGCCAAGGCCAUAUCGGACACUCUCUACGAAAUACCCACGGAAUUUUGGAGCGUGGAACUCAGGCGCCUAAACGAGGUCUUGAUCUCGGAGAACUUUGCCCUCAGCGGCAAGGGCUACUUUUUUCUGACUCGAAGGCUGAUAUUUGCAAUGGUCGGCACCUUAAUGGUCUACGAGCUGGUUCUGAUCAACCAAAUGGCUGGAACUGUGAGCCAGAAGAGCUUCUGUGACGGCGGUGUCGGCUCCUCCAAGAGCGUAUUUGCCUAAUGGGCUGUCUGUUUGUUUGUUUUGGAUUUCUCG